AUAUCAAAGAAUCAAAGAAGAAGAGUGUUGAGCUCUGUCAAACAAAAAAUAUAUAUUUUCCACCCGUGCCGUGCACAUCUGUGUGUUUAAUUUAUAAAAACAAAUCUUAAAACCGUUUUAACCAUGGCCGCGAAAGCAACUACCAAUGGAAAAGUGUUUAAACAAGACACCGAUGUGCAUGUUACGUACGAAGAUCAAUCGAAAAUCAACAAAUUUGCGAAACAUAACGCAAAACUGGAAGAUCUAAAGGAUGAAUUGGAAACGAAGAAAAAUGACCUGAAGAACUUGGAAGAAGCAGCCGAUGAGAUCGAACUGUUCGACGAAGACGAACAAAUUCCAUUCGUUGUGGGCGAAGUUUUUAUUUCACAAAAUUUGUCGAAAACACAGGAACUUUUGGCCGAGGCGAAGGAGAAGAAAAACCACGAAAUCAAGCUCAUCGAAGAGAAGUGUCGUGAAAUUCAAAGUUUAAUGGCUGAACUGAAAGCCCAAUUGUAUCACAGAUUCGGUAGUAACAUUUACUUGGAAAAUGAUGAAUAGUCGUGGACUGGUGGCUAUGGCAUUCAGAUUAUAAAUAAAAAGAAAUUUCUCUCACUUCA